AUGUGUAGCAACUGUUUAAAUACGGGACCAGCGCUAAACUUACACUGCAUUCUUCUAAGCUUCAGUGUCUUCUGUUUUUUGCUCACCACUAGGAUGGCCGUCAUCCAAAUUGUCGGCCAACUAUUAAGUUUCCUCACAGUUGUUCAAAUGGUAUCGGGAAGAGCGAAACCAAUCAACAUAUUCACACAGAAAAACGGAGCGGACAUUCUUCAGCUGAGGGGCAAAGAAGGCAAAAUGUUCAAUGCUCUUUAUAAAACGUCGCCUCUUAAGUGGAACGUAAAAGAUAAGGACGGAAAUUUUGUCAUACCAUACCAAAUAGCAGCACGCUUCGAACCACCAACGUUGACGAGAAUUAUCGGAAAAGCAAUGAGACGUGUAGAAGACAACACAUGCAUUCGAUUUAGGAAAAGAAAGAAUGAAGAAGAUUACAUCGAGAUUCAGAGUAAGCCUGGAGAAGGAUGCUACACCAGUGUUGGUCGACCCGGAGGCAAAAGCGUACUAAUGCUGGAACACGGCUCUGAGGAAACAUGUAUGGCGGUUGAACUCGUAUUGCAUGAACUAUUUCAUGUGAUAGGACUAUGGCAUGAGCAUAUGCGUGCCGAUCGUGACAAGUACAUCAAGGUGCACUAUAAGAAUAUAGAGCGAAGUUAUUGGAGUCAAUUCGAUAAGGUGUCACCACUCGAGGCAACUACUUAUAAUGUACCAUACGACUACAAAUCGAUCAUGCACUACGAUAAAACAUCAUUUGCAAUAGAAGGAAAAAUUAGUAUGGAAACGCGCGACCCUAGGUAUCAGGAUGUAAUUGGUAACCAAAUGGACGCUUCUCCCAACGAUUAUCGCAAAAUCUGCGAAAUAUAUCAGUGUAACAAAUGCAUGGGCGCGAAAACCGGCUACAGCAGCAAUAACUCGGGUGGAGUGAAACCACCUAUCAUCGUCACCCCACCAUCGAACAAAAACAAUUGCCGCGAUUCAAAUCGUUCAUUCUGCAACGCCUUGCUCAGAACACGAAAGCACUACUGCACACCUAAGGACAAGCAAUUUUGUUGCGCCACAUGUAAAACUGUUGGAAAGGGCUACCGCAACCCAUUCUUCUUCGAAUCCUACGCCCCUUUCGAUCGUUUUUAA